GGCCCUAAGCUCCCUGUUUGGUUUUUGGGUGGCGGCAGCCUGAGGAGGAACAUGGCGCUCGUAGGCAACGGAGCAGAGCUGGAGGCGGACGAGGACAUCUUUGAAGAUGCAAUGGAAACCAUCUCUAUGUUUUCUCGCACAGAUAUGGCAACAAGCAGCCGUCCCUUUGCAUCCUUUGAUACAAAACUGGCCUCUGGACGGCUCGGAUCAUCUAAUGUCAACAUCAAACAAGGUGGAUCUCAAGUGUGGCCUAGAAGAAUGUGCGGUGGCAUUGAACUUAUUUCUAAGUAACAAAUUUACAGAUGCCUUAGAAUUGCUUCGACCGUGGGCUAAGGAGAGUAUGUACCAUGCCUUGGGCUACAGUACUAUUGUGGUGUUGCAGGCGGUCAUGACCUUCGAGCAGCAGGACAUCCAAAACGGCAUUUCUGCCAUGAAGGACGCAUUACAAACCUGCCAAAAAUACAGGAAAAAAUGCACAGUUGUAGAAUCUUUCUCAAGUCUUCUUUCUAGGGGAUCAUUGGAACAGCUGACUGAAGAGGAAAUGCAUGCCGAAAUCUGUUAUGCCGAGUGUCUCCUACAGAAAGCAGCACUCACGUUUGUGCAGGAUGAAAAUAUGAUCAACUUCAUCAAGGGUGGACUCAAAAUUAGGACAAGUUACCAAAUAUAUAAAGAAUGUCUUUCUAUCCUGCAUGUAAUUCAGAAGAACAAAGUUGAACAGCAGUUCUUCUAUGAGUUUGAAGGGGGUGUCAAGCUUGGAAUUGGUGCCUUUAAUUUGAUGCUCUCCCUUUUACCAGCACGGAUUAUCAGACUACUAGAAUUUAUAGGAUUUUCAGGAAACAGGGAGUUGGGCCUCCUGCAGUUACAGGAAGGUGCAUCAGGAAGAAGCAUGAGGUCUCCGCUGUGCUGCUUAACUAUACUAGCUUUUCAUACUUACAUCUCCCUAAUCCUUGGUACAGGAGAAGUGAAUGUUGUGGAAGCAGAGAGUCUUCUUGCACCCUUCCUCCAGCAGUUCCCAAACGGCUCCCUCAUGUUGUUUUAUCAUGCCCGGAUAGAGCUGCUCAAAGGGAAUGUGGAGGAGGCACAAGAGAUAUUUCGAAAAUGCAUUUCAGUUCAAGAAGAAUGGAAACAAUUUCACCAUCUCUGUUACUGGGAGCUGAUGUGGAUUUAUGUAUUCCAACAAAACUGGAUGGAGGCAUAUUAUUAUUCCGAUCUGCUUUGCAAAGAAAGUAAAUGGUCCAAGGCAACAUAUGUGUUCUUGAAAGCUGCAAUUUUGAGUAUGCUUCCAGAGGAGGAUGUAGUAACAACUAAAGAGGAUAUAGUAACUUUAUUCAGACAGGUGGAGAGCUUGAAGCAGCGAAUUGCGGGGAAAUCUAUCCCUACGGAGAAGUUUGCUGUCAGGAAGUCUCGUCGUUACUCUGCUUCAUUGCCUGCACCCGUGAAGCUCAUCGUGCCUGCCCUGGAGAUGAUGUAUGUCUGGAAUGGUUUUCCAAUAGUGAGCAAGAGAAGAGACCUUUCCGAAAAUCUGUUGGUCACUGUCGAAAAGGCUGAGGCUGCUUUACAAAAUGAAAACAUAAGUGACUACUCUGUGGACGACGAGUGCCUGGUGAAGCUGCUGAAGGGCUGUUGCCUGAAGAACCUACAGCGACCCCUGCAGGCCGAACUGUGCUUCAAUCACGUCAUCCAAAGUGAAAAGCUACUGAAGUAUGAUCACUAUCUAGUGCCAUUUACUCUGUUUGAGUUGGCCUUUUUGUACAAAAGCCAAGGGGAAAUUGACAAGGCCAUAAAGACCCUAGAAACUGCAAGAAACAACUACAAAGAUUACUCCAUGGAGUCCAGGCUACACUUCCGAAUUCAGGCAGCUCUUCACCUCUGGAAAAAAACUUCCUCCGAUUGAUCAGAACACGAAGGAUGGAGUUUCCCCUCAGUUAGCACUGACAUCUGCUCUAGAUUAGACCUUGUAUUAAAAUGGAAAAGUGAUCUUGUGAAUGAGAGACAAAAAACUAAUUUUAUUGUCAAUAUUUUUUAUCAUCUGUGUGGUUUACUGUUAGUCUGCGUCAGUUUUUUUUUUUUCCUAUGAAACGAUGUUCAAUGUUCAGUACUGUCUAGAAAAUUCUUACAUUUUGCCUCUCCAAGAAGAAUUUCAUAUUGGAUUUGAAUUGGAGAGUGAAGAAGUCUUUUAAAGGACUCACAGGUACAAUAAAGUCUGAUUAGAUUAUUUUUUUAAUGUGGAAAUUUAUGUUUAAGUAGCAAAGGGCUGAUAAGUUGAGCCAUUUUUAGAUUUGUUGGUCAGAGAUAUUUUGUUGCCUAGUAUUUAAAUUUAAGAGGGGAAAUAAAAAUCACCUACAUUCAAAAUAGAUUAACAAAAACCUGAAGUCUCCUGAACAAGACAGGCAGUGGGUGUGAAUAGGGAUAGGAUAGUGUCCUUAAUGGGUUGAAGGGAACUGUGUCUGGAAAAGAUGGUGAAAUAUUAGGUUUUGGGUUUUUUUUAUUCUUCAUGUAAGUUAAAGGUGGUGACGUUUUUGAGUGACUAUCCUUUUUUUGAAUGUACUUAAGUCUAUUAUAAUAACAAAAUUCAAGAAAUUGUCUAAAGGGAAGAAGAAGUCAUAUUUUAGAAAUUAUCCUCAAUCUUAGCCAUGAGAGUCUAAAAUACAUACGUUGAUUAUUUUUUCUAUAGGAAGCAAAGUUCCUGCUGCUUUAAAUGGUAUGUAAAAUAUCAAUAAUUUUUAUACUCAUGAUGUUGGUGAGUAAGAUCUAAUUUUCUAAUCUAUCUAGCACUGUGAUGGUUCCUUGUAAAUAUCUGGACCACGCUUCAUCCUUUAUCUGGGAAACACAAUCAGGGCAGAAUGCGGGAGAGAGCCUGGCUCUGCUACUGCUUAGCAGUCACUGGGGUGACCUCUAGGGAGCCCCCUGCUCUCUGCAUCAGCGUAUUUUCCUCAUCUGUGAAAUGGAAAAAGAACAGAUGAAUUUUCAAGGUCUCUUUUGGUUUUAUAACUGUGAGUCUGUGUAUUAGGCAUUUUCAGCACACAGUGUCAAACUGUUUAACUCAAACUGUUACCACAAAGUGCGAGUCUUAUUCUACGGUCAUCUCUGUCUACCCCCACUCCCCGCCCAUAUGUUGGGGUUAAUGACAGGAUUGCAUCCAGGGCGAGGAAAAAUAAUUCAUGGAUCCACAAAUCAGGGUGUGGUCCUAUUUCUGUUCUAUUUUGAAGAGUAACUUAUCAUGGAAACCUCUGUAGUUUAACAGAACAUCCCCAGAUUGGGAUCUGGAGCCCACCUAUGCUAGUCAGUAGUACCUUGACGUGGAUGGAGUAAGUCCUUCAUUCUUUCUGUGACUCCAUUUCCCCGGGGUCGGGGGUGAGGGGGAAGGCAACACAACUGCUUGGUGCUUGUGGCGGCUCAAUUAGAUGAUGCCUAUGAUAGCUUUUGGUAAACUGUGAAAGUCUAUAUGAAUAUAUGAGUUGCCGUAAUAAUUAUGGUUUUUAUGCACUGAUUACAAUACCAACACAAAAAUAUUGGCUGAGUUUGUGGCCUCUGCUGUAAAAUGAAGGAAGUGCAGAAAUUCAAAUACCUUUAAACUUAUUCAUGUGUUUGUCACGGACAAUAACGCAGAUUAUGAAUUUGCUCCUUGCUGUUCAUUCCCUGCGACGUGAGUCUGUACCCAGCAGGUAUUUUGGUCUUGUUUUCUUUAAGGUGCUAAUUCUUGACCAAUACUGAAGAUAUGUUUCCAGUGGAAGAUGAUUAGUACAACUUGAGUCAGAGAACUAGCCCUUCAGAGAGCAUGGUGGGAGCUCUCACUAUGUGCUAUUAAUGUGAAUUACGUAGCUUUAUUUUAGGUCCAGGCGAGAGGAAAUAAAAUGAACUGUUA